AUGGAACAAGUUACCGUUCCCGGAUCCGAACAAGGGAUAUUCCCAGAACCAGUGCCAACGCCACAACAUUUCGAAGCACCAGAAACUCCGCAGCAAAAAGCAUUGCUAAAUUUGGUAUUCAGGUCGAUGAAACGGACACAUGAUCUUUUUUAUCACGACUAUGGAACUUUACCUGAAUUAAAUUCAGAAGCCGAUGACUUGUGGCGAGCCGUGAAGUUAAAAUCUGAAUAUGGAAGUGUUAUGAAAGAAGUUAGUGAAGCAAAGAGGAAGAAGGAGGAAGAGUUAUUGAAAUUGCCGAUGAAUCCAGUAAAUGUUAUAAAUAGUUCUGAUGAGAGUUCCUCAAGAACGCUUACUACAAUUGCUGGUGCAGCAGAAGCCAUGAACGAAAAAGACAGUAUCGAUUUGACAGCAUCCAGUCGCUCAGAAGAUAAUACGGUGCGUACUGUGUUGCCUGCUCGAGCUCCUGUUAUGGUUAAACCUAAGUGGCACGCACCAUGGAAAUUAUACAGAGUGAUUUCGGGACAUACAGGUUGGGUAAGAUGUGUGGAUGUUGAACCUGGUAAUGAAUGGUUUGCGACAGGUGGCGCCGAUCGAAUUGUAAAGAUUUGGGAUCUCGCAAGCGGAAAAUUGCGAUUGUCGUUAACAGGGCAUGUAAGUGCCGUUAGGUGCUGUAAAGUCUCACGUAGACAUCCGUUCCUUUUCACGGGUGGUGAAGAUAAGCAGGUGAAAUGUUGGGAUCUCGAGUACAACAAAGUCAUCCGCCAUUAUCACGGACAUUUAAGUGCCGUUCAGGAUCUUACAAUUCAUCCGACAAUUGAUGUUUUGAUCACUUGCGCUCGAGAUGCUACUGCACGAGUUUGGGAUAUGCGAACUAAAGCCCAGGUUCACUGUUUGAGUGGGCACACAAACACAGUAGCAACAGUUGUUUCACAGGAAGUUGAUCCUCAGGUUAUCACGGGUAGUCAUGAUUCUACGAUCAGGCUUUGGGAUCUUGCUGUUGGACGAAGUAUUUGCAGUUUAACGCAUCAUAAGAAGAGUAUCCGAGCUUUAACAUUGCAUCCUUCACUCUUCAUGUUUGCGUCUGGAAGUGCUGAUAAUAUCAAAGAAUGGAAGUGUCCGGAAGGAAUAUUUAUCCAAAAUUUAUCAGGCCAUAAUGCAAUCAUUAAUUCACUUGCAUGUAAUGAAGACAGUGUGCUUGUUUCUGGAGGUGAUAAUGGUUCCUUGAAUUUUUGGGAUUGGAAGAGUGGUUUUUGCUUCCAACGUGAACAAACGAAAGCUCAACCAGGUUCAAUCGAUUCAGAAGCUGGCAUAUUUGCUCUCACAUACGACCAAUCAGGCUCCCGAUUAAUCACUGCAGAAGCUGAUAAGACAAUCAAAAUGUACAAGGAAGAUGAGAAUGCGACAGAAGAAACACAUCCAAUCCUGUGGAGGCCAGAAAUAUUACGACGAAAAGCUUAUUAG